GCAUGGCCCUCUGUUGGCUCAAAUAUUGUUCCAGAGCUCUCUUGCGGUGAUGUAUGUGAUCACUAGGGUGGCUUUUGAGAGGGGGAUGAGUCGUUUCAUCUUUGUUACUUACAGGCAGGCUAUUGCCACACUUGCCAUCUCACCUUUUGCCUACUUUCUUGAUAAGAAGAAAAGGCCUCCUAUGACCCUCAAAAACAUGGGUAACAUCUUUAUUCUUGGAUUACUGGGGGUUCCACUCUCCCAAAUCCUCUAUUUCUCAGGGCUUUACUACACUUCUUCAACGUUUGCUGCCACCAUAAUGAAUCUCAUCCCCGCCAUUGCCUUUGUCAUGGCUUUUCUCCUAAGAAUGGAGAAAGUGAAUUUUAGGAGUCUAAGGGGACAAGCAAAGAUUGUUGGUACCAUAACAUGUGUGACUGGGGCCAUGAUCAUGACUUUAAUUAAAGGUCCGGUGCUAGGAUUCCUUGGUUUCCUUAAGAAUCCGACUGCUCUUUCAGAUAUUUUGGUCACCAAUUCCGCCGUUGUCCUGAAGGAUAAUUGGACACUGGGUCCAAUUCUGCUUGUGCUAAGUGUCACAGCCUACUCUACAUGGAUAGUAUACCAGGCAUGGACUUUCAAGGAUUAUCCUGCUCAGCUAUCCUUGACAGCGAUGAUGUUGGGCAUGGGUACAGUUCAGUCUGCAGUCGUUUCAGUUAUAUUUGAUAGGUCCUCGGCUUGGAAAUUAGGAUGGAAUUUUGAGCUCUUUACCUAUGCUUACAGUGGUAUCAUGUGUUCGGCUUUGGCAUUCUUUAUUCAAAGCUGGUGCAUAAAGGAGAGAGGCCCUGUCUUUGCUGCUGCAUUCAACCCUCUAUGUACAGUAUUGGUGGCCAUUCUAGAGCCUAUUAUUCUUCAUGUCGAUGUUCACGUCGGAACUAUAGUAGGGAUGUUUUUGAUCAUUUUUGGACUUUACUUCGUUCUAUGGGGCAAAGCAAAAGACAGAAAACCUGCAAAGAUUUUACCCAUCCAAAAUGAACAAACUCUUGCAGAGAAAAAGGAAAGUGAAGAAGAAGGAAUAGUGCUUGAGAUGAUAUCUGAUGACCAAAAUAAUGGUGUAGUGCUUGAGAUGAUAUCAGGGAACCAAACUAAAGAUGAAAUUAGGAGUUGAGCUUGGGCUUGAAUGGUUGCUGCUUACAUUUAAGAAUGCUACCUCUCAAAUUAUAGAAAAAAAAAAAGGAAAAAAAAAAAAAUCCAUUUAAAGUGUGAAAGGAGAUGAAGUUGAAAAAGAGUAAAACAUAAAACAUCAUCAAUGACAUAGAGAGAUGAGCAUCAUCAAUGACAGCAAAAGAUUGUCUCACUUUGAAGUUGCACGUAAGGCCCGGGAUGACUCGCCACGUCAAAAAGUUCCAGAGACUUCAUCGAAGUCGUUGUUCCUCUUUAAUUGAUGGGAAUUAUGUCAUUUUCAAAUUCUUUUUGUCUUUUACUUUCUUUUGGUCUUUUGAACUUGGGUUGAGUGGGGUCCAAACACAAUCUCGAGACUGCACGCCUAGAAUUUCAGCCUUAAAAGCCCUAGAAAUUUGUCAAUGUAAAGUGAUUUUAAUAUUGUGCCAACGGAAGUUUCAAUCAAGUGUAUUGUGUUGUUAAUUACUA